AAAUAUACUGUCAUGUUGGUGUUGAAUUAUUUUAAGAUAAGAUUAUCAUGAUUACCACAUUAUGACAUAUUGCAUGUUUGUUUACAGUUAAUGAAAGAAUUUCCAUCAAUGAGUGUCUUGAAUAUUCAUGAAAAUCUUAUCGAAGCAUUAUUAGAAAUGCAAGCGUAUACUGAAGUGCAGGUAAAGAUAGUUAAUAAUAAUUAAUUUAAUCAGGCAGUCCUGGUCAAAUUAACCACACUAUAGGUUAAAUUAACCAGGAAAAGUAACCAGAAAUAUUAAGUUAACCUAAAUAGGGUUAUUUCUAAGUUAACCAGAAAGUUUAACCAGGAAUUUUGACCAGAGUGUUUUCAAAGUUUCAUCCUAUCCCUAACCUCACCCGCAUUUUCACUUUAUUGCCUUUACACCCAACCUACCCAACCCCUAAAAUCCGCCAUCUACGCAAGUUUUUGCAAAAAGUUUCAGCUUUGAACAAAUGCAAACAUGUUUACGGCGAGCUUAAGUUGAGUUUUUCGUAUGUGACAGGGGUGACACGUCACUGUGUCUGCUAGUCAGUUCUACGAACUUUUUAUCGUUUACUAUACUUUACUUUAUUCUCACAUUUGUUUUUAUUUUAUUUCCAGCAAGUUUUAGCGAAAUAUGACGGUAGGGAUUAAAUUGCUAACUCAGUUUCUCGUUAAAACUUAAAUUUAAAGGGGCAGUGUUACGGCGCUGAUUGUCUAAAAUAAGUGGCGCAAAGAAAAGUUUAAAAUUAAUGCUACAUGAUUGGAAAAGAUGCAGCAGCCUUCAAUUUUUAAAACAAAGCAAGGAUGUCCUGCAUAACGAAGGGAUUAUAAAUAGUAUAUCGUAUUUCACUCCUAACUUGAUUAAUUGUUGGCAGACAGUUUUCAAGUUCGCGCAUAUUUUGGAUGCGCAGUAGAACCGUGACACUGCCCCUUUAAUAGUUAACACAUGCACUUAACUUUAAUGUUUGUUAUGUUGCUUGGGGUCUACAUGCACUCUGUAACAACGUUUUUCUGUAAAAUUGAGAAGGUGAAAGUCAUUCAUCUCUGUGUCAAUUACCCUUUUAAUGCACUGUUUCGAAAGAAAUUUCGUAGUAUUGUAACGAGGGGCGAAAUUGGAUGAAUCGUACAGUCAUAAUUCAUAAAUACAUGGAUACGACGUAUUGUACUGUACAUGUAUUCGUCAUGUAGUUAACUUCAGGGCUUAUGUUUUAACCCUUAACAUCCCAGGGAGGCCGUGGGCCAGACCGCUGCACCUCCUCUAAAACAUUUCCCACCUCCUCCAGUAUUUCCACCAAAAUCUGGCAUUGCCAAGAACUAAAUAAGAACAUGAAUAGAGAGUGCCUGGGACUAUAGGCAGGCAUGUGUUUGGCAUCAUUACAUGUUACCAUAAUGCAAUAAUAAAAUUAUUUCAAAGAAACAUUUUCAUAUUAGUUUAUCGAACAUUCCAGCUUCUUUUUCUUCAAACUUUUUAAGGAAUUUAAAGUGUAUUUUUCUUCAUAGAUAUUACUCUACCGAAGUCUGCAACAAUAUGUUAUACUGCUGCAUUGCUAAAAGCAAGGGUAGUAGCAGAAAAGUAAGUCUAUAAAGUCAGAUACAUUGGGCACUCUCCUCCGCUGAGGUUUCCAACUUAUCUUGUAUUCAGUGAGUUUUUCCGUAUUUUUAUGCGAGGAACCGCUGAUAACAUAAAAACACGGAAAACUCGUGGGAAGUUGGAAACCUCUGCGGAAGAGAGAGGGUUCGAUUCCAAGUUGGGACAUCCGGUAGAAUUUCACUCCACUAGUUAAAUAUACGAUCCUGUCCAAGGCGUCUUAAAAACAUCGCCCGUUUAAUGUUAACACUUUUUGUUCAAACUUGAUGGCAAACAAUCCGAAAGUAAAGCAAAUAAACCAUAUAAAAUAAGUAAAUUAAAGGAUGAAAAAGAAAAUAUAGGUGUAUUCAUGAACUAAGUUAUAAUCUCUGAAGAAGCUCUCAGCUUAGAACAUUAAAACAGAUCACAAAGUUUCCAUGCAAAAACUAUUAUAGUAAUUGUCGUUUUGUAGAUUUUCUCCCGAGGUAGCAGCGAAACGUGGAUUGAGUCCCACUGAAAUGGCGGCUGUGGAAGCCAUUCAUCGAGCAGUAGAAUUUAAUCCUCAUGUACCCAAGGUAACUGACGCACAUUUCAGUUUGGUACGAUACGAAUUGCAUUCACAGAGAUCGAAUUUCAUGCAUUAAUGUACAGCUUUCAUAUUCUAGUAUUUGUUGGAACAGAAAAGUCUAGUUCUUCCUCCAGAACACAUAUUAAAACGAGGAGAUAGUGAGGCCCUUGCAUACUCUUUCUUUCAUCUUGCACAUUGGAAGAGAGUAGAUGGUGCUCUAAAUCUACUUCACUGUACUUGGGAAGGAAGUAAGUGUACAAGAAGACAACGAACAAGCCGGAACCCAAGGCGUUUUUCAUUUGCAGUAAUUUUUACACGCCAGGAUACGAAUCGUACACGACAAUUUACGAUUAGCAUUUCUAUAGCACAAAUUUACAUGUGGAUAUGAUCUAAUGCGCUGCUUUACAUUAUAUCUUAUUGGAUUCUUCUGAGCCCAAUAUGGCAAAAUAUUAAGUCGAGACUUCAAUAUUGGGCGAGACCGAAGGUCGAGCCUAAUAUUGGAGUCGAGACUUAAUAUUUUGCCAUAUUGGGCGAAGAUGAAUCCAAUAGGAGUUUUAUUAUAUCGAACAAAACAAUUCUAUAACAAAAGUUGUCAAUAAGCGAUAAAGUAAAUUCUGCGAGACUAAUACAGCGACAACAUUACUACAUAUAUCGGCGGCGAAUUUGCUUAAAUAACUAAAAAAAAGUUAAUAAACCUGUUUUUACAAAUAUGUGUGCAUAAAUAUACUCAAUUCCAUAUAUGUUUAAAGGAAAUUUGACCUAAUUUUAACGAAAAAAAUAAUAUUACUAACUUCUAGGCUGUUGCAAACAAAUAAAUUUCGCGAAGACAAGUUUUCCCGCGCUUUUAUAAUUUUAAAACUGGUAGAAAAAACUGUAUUAAUGUCCCAAAUUCUUUUCAUUAUUCUGCCAUAUCGUUUGUCGUAUGUUUGAAAUUGACAAAACAUCUAAAAAGGGUUGAAAAACCAUGAAAAAAGCCACAAUUCGCAACUGUCCAAUAAAUAAGUUCCUGUCCAAUAUCGUAAAAUAUUGGAUCGGCACGUGACCCUCUCAACAAUUACUGAUUGGUUAAGUGCGCGUGAGUGUAUAAUAACAAAUAUUAUACGUUUACCUAAUUGCAUGCUUAGCCUAUAGACUAUUUUAUUUUUACAACAAUUGAGAUAUUAUACUUUCCCAACUGUGUUUAUCCUAACCCACCCUGUCAACUUUCCCUGUGGGAGAAAACGUACCUUAACUAAUUUAUGUAAAAAAAUAGCCAUAUCAUGCAAAAGUAUGACACGCACUUCUACUAAAGACUUUGGGUAUAUAUAUAAGGGAGUUCUGGUAGUUCUAUAGUGUAAAAUAAAUGAAUUUGUGCACAGUCUUCGGUUUAUUUAUUUAAUUUAGCUUAUGAUUUGACCUAGCAAACGUACCACACACGUUUUUAUCUUUGUAUGUUUUUUUUAAAUUUUACGUCUUUAUCUUUGUUAGUCUUUUGGGUGGAGACGUUGCCUGUCUAAUUUUGUUCUUUAUUUCUUUACUGAUAUAGCUUUCCGUCUCUUGCCUUAUCCUAUGGAGAAAGGUCAUUUAUUUCAUCCUUAUCCAGCUUGUACUGAGGCUGCCGAUAAAGAAUUACUACCUGGUAAAUAAUAAUAGCAUUAUACCUCUGAGAGACUUAUCCCAUUUUUUGAACAAUGAUAAUCAGGACAUAAUAAAUAGGCAAAGAUAUGCUGAAUUCGAACAAACCAUGUCGGUAAAGUUCGAUGCGCCUGUACUUCCUUUUGCGUGUUCGUCUAUAGGGAUGUAUCUAACAACUAUAGGAGUUACUUUCCCCCACCCCUUUCCGUUCUGGAAAGGCCAAUUGCAUCCCCAGUCUGGGGGAGGGGGGUUAAAGAAAAUAAUGGUGAUUGAAGACUAUUUAAAGUAUAGCAUUUGUAAAUUCUGAAGGCUGAUUGGCUAAGAGCCGUGUUGAUAUAACUCAAUGUCAACACGGGAAAUUUUCGGCCGCUUGUAAACACGGAAAGUUUUCUUAUCCUUCGGGCUUUUGACAUUGCUAUAUUAUAAAAAAUAUAUAAAACAUUUUUUCCGUAUUGAUACAUAGUAAAAUUUAUAUCAACACUCGUGGAAGUUGGGAAAACUCGAAAUUGUAUUUCCAUACAAUUUCUCGUUUUCCCAAUUCCACUCGUGUUGAUAUAACUGUAUAUCAACACGGAAAAUGUUUUAUAUUUGUUAAAUAUUAAAUGUUUAGAAGGGUCACUUUCCUACCCUCUUGUGCAAAUUAUAGGGUUGCGUAUUAAUUAUAUCCAACUCUAUUCACCCAUCCUAUUUAGAAACACGAUUUAGUACUAUUGAAAAAUACAGUUGAGCAAUUACUAACGUUACUAUCGCAUAGAUAAUUGCUUCAUUAUACAUAAAAACUAUUCCUUCCUUCACCGUAAAAGUGGACAGAUUUCCAAAUGAACAAAAACGUAGUCGUAGAUUGUUCGUAGAACAAUGAUUUCUGUUGAACUUGAAAACCAUGUUUAUAUCUUUCAGCCCACCAUAUGGUGUCAGUGUAUCCUAAAAGAGAAUUACCCUUCUUCGUACUUUUUACCGCUGGACUUUGUUCAUUCAAUGCAUUGCUGGCUCUUCUUACUCAUCAGUUUCCACAUUCCAUGGCAGCAGCAUCUAAAGCGGUAUCUAUAUAUACUGUAACAUACUAUCUUGUACAUAUCACUUCCAUACUCUGGAAAUUCUAUAAAAAUUACCUGGAAAAGGUUAGAAAUUCUACCCAUAGUGUGGAAAUGUUGCAGAAAAAUGCGAAAAAGACUAUAGAAGAACACCCCUCCCCACCCCCCGUUCGGAAUGGUCUUGGUACGCCACUGAAUUUUUUUCUUUUCCUUUCAGAUUCUCACAUGGGUAUCUGCGCCUUUCAGUUUGUUGGUACAGAAAAUUGAGGACAUAUUUCCUGCUCACAUUUGGCAUCAACUCACUCAAUUUUAGCAGACAUUAACUAACAAAAUAUGAAAGCAGAAACUGCUCUAAGAAUUUGUUUAAACAUCUAGUACUUUCUGUAAAGAAUUUUAUCAAGUUAAUAUAAUAACUCCAUUGCAGAGUUCCACAAACAUUCAAUAUAUUAUAUACCAGGCAUAUCAUUCUACUAUAAUUUUUGCCUAUAAAACCACAUUUAUUUUAGAACUAUACUGCUCCAAUUUUUUUCCAGAAACUCUACUUAUAAGCAACAUUGAGUGCGCCUUGAAUGUGGAGUUCCAGUGUAGGUAGUGAUGAAUUAAGGGAUAAGACAACCAGAUUACCUGAAAAUAUAACAUGAACUUCGACAGUUCAAGCUUAGGCCCUGCAUCUGGAAGUUUAAAGGCCCGUGUUUACACUUGCAAUUUUUGCUGCGAUUUCUGGUGCGAUCUUCUUCUUCUGGUGCAUGUGAACGAGUAGACGAAUUGUGAAUGUUUUGAGUAUAUUUAUCAUCGUCAGUCGUCGGGUCAUCAUCUAUCUAUACCAUCCAGGCUCGUGGUUGGUUGAUUAUAACAAUGAAAGACAACAAAACUAUAGAAAUCGUCUUUCUAAAGAACGAGUCACGAACAAUGAUCAUUUUUGUUUGAUUUGUUUCUGAAAGCCAAUCGCAAAACAUGAUCAUGUUAGGUAGGUCUUUACCCCAAUCGUCAUCUGAACAUUCGUAACUCGUCCACUUGUUUACAUCCAUCAGAAAAAGAAAAUCGCAGCGAAAAUUGCAAGUGUAAACGGGCCUUAAAGGAUUAGUGUCACACCAGGAAUUCGCGGGCUCAAAGUCCUGCUGGCGGCCAUUUUUCGGGACGGAUAUAUUAGAUGAUCUGGAAAGUUUUUACAAUCCCCGUCAUAUAUUCAAACAAUCCUUUUAUAAUCCUUGCUCUUUUUGUCUGAUUUUUAUCAGAAAUGUACCAAACACGGUAUUUUUAGCGCUAUUUGUUGUAUUUGAGUAAAAUGUAAACAAUAACAAAAGCCCGCAAUGCAUGACACUGACACUAAUCCUUUAAGUAGUCCAGUAGUAUUGGAUCUAUCCACUUUGUUAUGAGAUCAUAAUGAACUGGACGCCUGAAAUGAAACUGAUCUCAAUAACAGCCUGGGUAGACCUUAUCAAAACCAAUUCGAACGAGACUUGAGGUUGCGUCUAGGAAGUUAGUGACUUCGAAGUUCUUGUUAUAUUUUUCCAGGUAGUGUGAUCCUCUAAUCUAAGGAUAUGCUGACGCGCAGAUAUAACAUUGGCCUUUUGUAGUUUUUCCCCCACGAAACUUGAUUGUUUUGUAACUUAUUAAAAAGCUCUUUUCCAUUCAUCGCAUGCAAGAGUCAACUCGCAAGCUCGCUAGUGUGAGUGCUUUCGACCAAUCGCGAUGCU